AUGGCGGGUUCAAGGGCUCAAGAUCUGGAUCGCAUUCGUUUGUCCACCUACCGAACAGCAUGUAAACUUAGAUUUGUUCAGAAAAAAUGCAACUUGCACCUGGUGGACAUUUGGAACGUGAUAGAAGCCUUGCGGGAAAAUGCCCUCAACAACCUGGAUCCCAGCAUCGAACUCAACGUGGCUCGCCUGGAAGCUGUGAUUUCGACUAUUUUCUACCAGCUCAACAAACGGAUGCCGACGACCCACCAGAUCAAUGUAGAACAGUCCAUCAGCUUACUGCUCAACUUCUUGCUAGCAGCCUUUGAUCCGUAAGUCUGCUUUCAUACCCCCAU